AACUAGGUGUACGGGUAAUAUAUGCAUGGUAGGCGCCAUAAUCUGUUAUUUAUAGUCGAAGAGCUAUAAAUAUCAGUCGUGUGUGACUGCAAGGGUGUCCAACUACACUGCUGUCCGAGUCCCAGAAGGAGCACAGCCUGACUGAAGGAAACAGAUUGAGAAUUGCAAUACCUUGUUUGGCCAUACAUUAUCGUUAUCAACUGGACAAACAGAUGAACGCAGAUACAAAAGAUGACAUUUUUCAAUCCGAAGAUGACUCGGAUGAAGAUGUAACAACCCAAUCUGUAAUAGAGGAAAGUCUCAUUGAAUACAGAAAGCUCAAGGGACUGAGUCCAAGUCAUCUGAAUAGUACCGAAGACCCUGAUGAUAUAUUCAAAGCGAUUGCUGAGGGUGAUGAGGAUGCACUCAAACGACUAACGGAACAACCAGAUAGACUUUCCAGAAUUAAUGAGCAUGGAUGGAUUCCUCUACAUGCAGCUGCAGUGCAGGAGAGUAAAUACAUCCUCGAGAUCAUCUUUUCAGUUUCACCCUUUGGGGCUGCCCAGAGUCGCACAUUCAAGGGGGAGACACCAUUGUUUUUAGCUGUAGUUUAUGGCCGUCUACAGAACUCCACAUUCCUUUUACAGAAUGGCUGCAACCCCGAUAUCCAGGAUGAUGAGCAAGAUUCUCCAUUAAUGGCAGCUAUUCUAAAUGACCAGUAUGACCUGGCAACAUUAUUGCUUCACUACGAUGCUCAAGUGGAUCAGCUCGGCCCGCUUGGAAGGACGGCACUCCAUGAGGCUGCCUUCCUUGGCUUGGAGAACUUUGUUUGUCUGCUCCUUGAGUCUGGUGCCAACCCAAAUGCGUGUGACAUCAGAAAGAAAACACCACUUGCUCUGGCGGCACAAAAUGGACAUCUCAACGUGAUGGAGCACUUGUUACAGAAAGGCGCGAAUGUUGAGUGUCAAUCAGAAUCUGGCAGUAUCUUGUUUGACGCAGCAGCAUCAGGAAACCCUGAUGUAAUAUCCUUGCUGCUGGACCAUGGAGCAGAUCCUAACUCGCCUUUUUACAGUGGCCAUCUGCCAAUUCACCAUGCGGCAUAUCAUGGUCACAUUCUAGCACUACAACGCCUCAUCCCUGUGACAAAACUGUGUGCAAUAAAGGAGAGUGGGAUGAGUCCUCUUCACUCUGCAGCUGCUGGAGGGCACGCACAUUGUUUGGAGUUGCUGCUCAAAGCUGACUUUGACCCAAACCAAAUGUUACACCCGAGAGUGCGCCGGAAAUAUGAUGAUGAACGCAAGUCUGCCCUUUUUUUCUCUGUGUCCAACAACGAUCUUCAGUGCACUCGCCUGUUGCUGCAGGCGGGGGCAAUGGUGAACCAGGAUCCUAUCAGUUGUUUACAGGUGGCAAUGAGACAGGGCAACUAUGAGCUCAUUAAUACCUUGCUGAAGUUUGGGGCAAAUGUGAACUACUACUCUCGAGUCAACCCUACCCACUUUCCCUCAGCCCUGCAGUAUGCACUAAAAGACGAAGUCAUGCUGAGAAUGAUUUUGAACCACGGCUACGACGUCAAACGUUGUUUUGACUGCCCGUAUGGUGACGGUCGCCAUGACUCGGCUCCUUGGACAACAUCGGUUAUCAAAGAUAUGGUGGUGAGAUGGGUCAAAAAUUGGAGAAAUCAGCGGUACCCCAAAUUGUGUUGCAUACAUUCAGUAUGCUUUACAUCACGUGUCAAACUCAAGGCCCAGGGGCCAAAUACGGCCUGCCACAUCAUUUUAUGUGGCCCGUGAAGACAAAUUGUGCAUCAAAUUCGUGUGUCAUUACUAGAAUUGCAAAUUGUCUUCUCUUUUAAAAUAUUUGACCAGUUUUUACUCGUCUGAUUUGAAAACGCGUUAUUUGUCAGUUUGUUUUGUAGCUUUUACUGUAUAUAAUAUGAGGUGCUCAUACAUUUAUUUGGGUUGACAGUCAUAAUGGCCCUCCGAAAGAAGCUAUGACUACAAUGCGGCCCGCGAAAAAAAACGAGUUUGACACCCCCUGCUUUACAUGAAACUGGUCCAAAAAAGGUUGGGGACUGCAGAUGUGGAGGAAACACAUUCCCAGGAUGUUUCAGUGGUAGUGACCUGAUAUCUUAUUUUUUCUCUUUAGUUCUGUGAGGUGAUAACAGUGUCUUGGCUCAAGCACUUAUCUGCUCAGGUGGUACGAAUCAUGCUCGACUACACCAACCAUGUCACCUUCUGCGCCAAAAUGAGGGAAGUCUUACAGGAGCAAAAGCAGUGG